GAUAUUCCUGAAAAAGGAGAAAAUAAGAAGAAUUCGCCAGAAUUCAAGAUCCAAGAAAGAAGCCCGAAAAUUCGUCACCGCACGCCGCGGCGCUGGUGAACGAUGGUCCCGCCUAAAUCGCGAGGACGAGAGGACGUCCCGUUUAUUUACUGCCGAUUUACCUCAGUACUGGUUGGAAUGUGACUCGGUACGUAUACAUUCGGAGGUAGUACACAAAUUGGCGGGAAAACCUUCCGAGAUGGAUGCUAGCCCUGGGACCAAGAGGACGACCGGCGUCUUCGGGGCACCUCGACUGCGCUGCUAUGGGAUGAUCGAAGCUCCGAACCUACGGAUGAACGAUCAACAGCUUCCGUCCUUGUUCCGAGGUACUUCGACGAAUUAGCAUGCGAUCUCGUCGGUUUCCAGCGAAAAGACGACCGCAAGCUGAGAGCAACUUCCUCGUGGACCCUUCGAUGCCUCUACUCGUAAGAAACCCGGGAAACGUACCUCCCGAAAGGCUUGUGUCGUCGACGGGGUGAAAGUGUCCUCUAAACCGAGGUGGGUCUCGAUAGCUCUCGACAAUUCCUUGGGAGGAUUUUUUCUUCUCCCUUCGCGAAAUUCCCGUCGGUGCUCUCCAAUCGGUUCACCCGGUCAUUUCGUAAGACCUAGUCCGAGUGUAACAAUUAGAAGACUCGGAGACACGAGUAAUCAACCGGCGAGAUGCCGAGCUCUCGCCUCGGGGGUGGGAAACGGAUGCAGCCUCUAAUUUUCUGGGAACUUGCAGAUAUUCACGGACAGAGUCGCGAGCCCCAGUGAUAACGGCGCCGUUUUCUGUACCCGAAGAGGAGGAUGAAAUUUUCGUGUCGACUCCGAUCCCAGUGAACCAUCCACGAAGAGACUGUGUGCAAGUAUUCAAGAAUUCGCCGAACGCCGUGAUUUUCUACGCCAACGGGGAAGAGUCAUAUUUUGUGGAGUAUCGUUGCAGCGGAAAAAGAGAGACGCGAGGCCGGAACUGCUUUUCUUCUGGUAGCGAAGAAACCUGGUAGACGGCUGCACAUAACAGUAUCACUAACUGGAGUGAUAACGCCAGACAAUGGUUAUUUAUUCGUGCGGUAAUUCCUUAGUAAAGUGAUACGAGAUUCCAUAAGCGUCCCAUUCUCGUCAGCUUCGAAGGCUCCCAACGGAGCGUCGCGACGGCUCCUCAGGAAUGGACCUUUCGGAGUCGAAUAAAUUCCUCUGGUCGAGUCAGUCGAAAAAGAGAAGGAAGCCCGAGCGCCGGCCUGCCGCGGAAAGGGAUUUCACGCUGACAUCUUGAUCGUGAUACCAAAAAGAAGUUGACGUCCCUACGAGGGUUGCCUGCAAGAGCAGGGAACCCUCGAAGCGUCGAGACGGCGAGGCGAUCCCCGACUCGAAGCGGACUCUUCGACUUCGGGUGACGACCCGAUUCGUUCUAUUCCUGAUAAUCGCAAUUGAAAAGAAAGACUACUAUCCGCAGGGUGAGCCUUUACUGGAGCAUCGGCAACGAUCAGUCAGCCUCGGUUCCUAAGAGAAGGUUCCUGGAGUUGAAUCCAGUGCCGGAGGCAAUUCCCGUGACCAAUUAAGAAGUAACCUCGCACGCGAGUGUAUUAACUCGAGAAUUGACACCUUGACAUCGGCCAUAACUCGACGCCUCCGCUAGAGCCGGGUACAUGAAGAACCGAAGUCCUGGAGAGGACGUCCACGUGUCAUGGUAACCCAGGGUGCAGCGAGUUAGGGGUGAGGGAGAACCCGUGCGCGGAUUUGGGCCCACCCUGAAGAGGUAGUAACCGGCAAGAUAGAGUAUCCUGGUAACGGUGGCAUGUACGGGGGCGGCCCGGGGAACGCCGGCUAUGGGGUGGGUCUGGGCCCCGGGCCAGGCCCCUCUCACUACGUGGUCCCACCUGCCCCCGUGGGCUACCAAUUGGGCCCACCUCCUCCCCCGCCGGCCACGGUCACCUCCACCGGGGCCCAGCUCCUCUCUUAUGGGCCCAAUUUGUCGCCCCAUCACAUGCAACAAGGCCCCGUCAGCUCGCCGCAGUCCAAGAGACGAAGAUCCGAUGAGGACGACCCGAGUGGGGGCAGAUACCGGAGAAUGGAGGACGACAAUAUGCAAGACAAGGAGAGAUUCGCCAGCAGGGAGAAUCAUUGCGAAAUUGAGCGACGGCGGCGGAACAAGAUGACCGCGUACAUCACCGAGCUCUCCGACAUGGUGCCCACUUGCUCGGCCCUCGCCCGGAAACCGGACAAGCUGACUAUCCUCAGGAUGGCAGUGGCGCACAUGAAGGCACUCCGAGGUACCGGGAACACCAGCAUGGAUGGCUCCCACAAGCCCAGUUUCUUGACGGACCAGGAACUUAAGCACUUGAUCCUGGAGGCUGCCGAUGGGUUCCUCUUCGUCGUCAGCUGCGACACCGGAAGGAUCAUCUACGUUUCGGACUCGGUGGCGCCGGUUCUUAAUUAUUCUCAGAGCGAGUGGUAUGGUACCAGCCUCUACACGCAAGUACAUCCCGAUGACACCGACAAGGUUCGGGAGCAACUCAGCACCGCCGAGCCGCAACAUGCCGGCAGGGUGUUGGAUCUCAAGACCGGCACCGUGAAGAAGGAGGGCCAUCAGACCUCCAUGAGAAUGUGCAUGGGCUCUCGGAGAGGCUUCAUCUGCCGGAUGAAGGUCGGAAAUCUCCAGACGACGGGCGACAUGGCCGCCGCUCAUGGUCUUCAUCGCAUGAAACAGAGGAACUCCCUCGGACCUCCUGCCAAGGAUGGCCAGAGUUACGCCGUCGUACAUUGUACGGGGUACAUCAAAAACUGGCCCCCUACCGGUGAUUUUGUUCCCCCGUGUGUACAAGGUGUGGGUUUAGGUGACAGGGGGGCCGGCGGCGUCCAAGGUGGCCCUGAUGGCUCAGGAGAGGAUAACGUCACACAUUGUUGUCUCGUCGCGAUAGGAAGAUUGCAGGUCACUAGCACACCAAAUACUAGUGAUUUAACGGGUUCGAAUAGCAAUAAUGAAUUUAUAUCGCGUCACUCUGCGGAAGGUAAGUUUACCUUCGUCGACCAACGAGUGGGCGGAAUUUUGGGUUACACGCCUUCGGAACUCCUGGGCCAUCCGUGCUACGAUUUCUUCCAUCCGGAAGACCUGACGCACAUGAGGGAAAGCUUCGAACAAGUUUUGAAACUGAAGGGUCAAGUGAUGUCCGUUAUGUACCGAUUUCGGGCAAAAAACCGCGACUGGGUGUGGCUGAGAACCUCCGCCUUCGCGUUCGUCAAUCCAUAUAGCGAGGCUGUUGAAUACAUCGUUUGUACAAAUACAACUGCUAAAUCUAUGCAUCCUGGAAGCGAUGGGCAAGCCGAAAUAGAAGCUGUUCCUGCUUACGGGCAACCUGGGAUAGAUUACUCCCUUCAAAGACACCCGACGAGGGAUCCCAUUUAUCCCACACAUCACAUGAUGCAACACCCGGCAACGGUGACCGCUCCAGUGACGGGUCCACAGCAAGCCAGGCCUUCUAGUGCGCAGAAUGUGUAUCAGGGGUACGAAACUACUCAGUCACCGAUAGCAUAUGGAUCACCUGGGCAGCAAAGUGCAUCCUCGUCGGUCUUAAGCAGGAUCCAGAAACAGGGGAACACCUCGCCGACUCCUGUUCAGCAAGCCUGGGCUAUGCGACAGCAACCGGUAACAGAGGGUUACCAGUACAAUCAAUUGAGCCCGUCAAGAUCACCUAGUGGACCUACUUAUACUCAGCUCAAUAGCGGAGCCAGGACACCUGCUGCACAGUACCAUGGCGUUACAACGGUGCCCAAUAAUCCUGGCAUGUGGGGAUGGCAGGGUCAGCAGCAUCCAGCAGCUCAGCCGGAUGGACAAUCUUCUGCUCAGGUGGCUGGUCAACCCCAGCCUCCGCAUGCGGCGCAAGGAGGCCCUGGUCCUCAGCCUCAGGAACUUUCGGACAUGCUGCAGAUGCUUCAGGACCAAGGUGGUGCGUCCGGGUUCGAGGAGUUAAACAUGUUCAAUACUAACUUUGAGUAGCGUUAGGAAGGAGAGUGUCACUGGAUGAUUUGUAACGUUCGAACGAUGCUACCGCUGCUGUGAGGAUACCCGCGAGUCUCGAGGAAACAGCACCACUUUCACUCCCGCAACUUGGUUAGUGCGAAGGUUUGUAUCUACGUAGUUCCUGGAAGCUAAUCUCUUGUCCGACCAUUUAUUUCAAAAUAAGAAUAACUACAGCUGACGCGCGACAAACGAGCCGACGAGUCGCAAUGUGCGAGUCCCACGUACGGGAAGUCGCAAAUCUAAUUUUCACCAAGACUUGGGUAUGGUAAUUCCGCUGCGACUCCGUAAUCGAGAUCGCGGAGGGAUUCAUAAAAUGUACAUUUGGACUUGGAAAAGUAAUCACGAUCCGCGCGGGGUCGUUUGUUAUGCAUUUAACAAUAGCGACUAUUGAGAAAAUAUAUACAUACCUUUUUUUUUUUGCGAAAGUGCCAUUAAAACAUGCGGAGUAGUUACGUUAUUUGUAUAUCUAAGAAUACAAACUGGUCUAAACUACCGAAAUCCAUUGACUUGUUAUUAGACGGAUGGGUCAACAAAGGGUGUACGCUUCUACUUUAUUCACGGCAGUGUAGAUAACUACGGUCUAGUAUUUUAAUAGUUAAAUACAGCACAUACAAAGAUGAACACGAACUUUCAGACACUUCUCCACCUGAUUUAGAAAAGGUCGCAUCUCAAUAUUCGGUAAAUAUACAGGUAACUGCAUUUCCGGUAUCAGUGGACUUCUCGGCGCUUAAGGAAACGUCACGACGUAUUAAGCAUGUUCGACGUAGUGACGGUCAAUGUCACGACAGAUGUGACGUUCUUAAUGGCGUUGUUGGUUUAUGCAAGGCAUCUUCGUUCCAAACGUAUUCCGAGUUUAGUAUUCGUCAUGCAAAAGGUGUAGUGUAAACGAUAAGGAAAAAAAGAUAUUUUUCAACUUCUGAAUUGAAUCUACGUAAUUCAUCAUAAUUUUAAUAUAAUCUUAUCAUUAGACGUCUAAGACUAGCUUAAUUAUUUUAAUUAUAAGUUUUGUAAUUAUAAACCGUGCAAUCACUACUCAACAUUCGACGAAAGCUGCUCGAACUUGACGAUGUACAAAAUUAUGUAAUUCACUUUGCUUCUCUGUACAAGACACCAUUUUUAGGUACUCUUGAGGAAAAAAAAUAUAUAGAUAACUUUGCGUCUAAAGGUGACUGUAUUUGUAAGCAACCAUGUGCGAAGUGGUGUUUUUGUAUAUGUUUAGUGUGUUCUAAAUGAGAAAUUGAACAAAAUUAUAGCAUAUCAUUAGAAA